UUCUCUUUGCUUUUAUUAAUCAAUCAUCACUCUUACUAAACCCUAAUUACCCAUGAGACCAUUCUUUCCAAUACUUUACACCUCAGACAACCUCUUCCGUUUGCUAGAAGACAGACCCAGUAUAGGGUGAAAAGAAACAAAAGAGUACGUGCUAAUUAGGUGUUGCAUCAUCAAAACCUAUACCUUGUAGAGGAACUGCAGCUAAUGUUUUCUCUACUUUGGACUUAUUAUUCCACUAUUUGAUGGAGAUAUAAGCAUGAUAAAGAUCCUUCAAUACUCUUUGCCAUGGUGGAGUCUGAUAAGGAAGAAGCUGCACCCACCACUCUGAACAUGGCAACCAAGAAGGAGCUUCUGUCCACUGCCAUGAAGAGAACCAGUGAAUGGAUUUUCUCCCAGGAGAUUCCAAGUGAUGUCACUGUUCAUGUUGGAGGAACUUCCUUUUCAUUACAUAAGUUUCCAUUAGUCUCAAAAUGUGGAUACAUAAGGAAGCUGGUAUCUGAAUCCAGUGAAGCUGAUCUUUCUGUUAUUGAAGUCCCUGAUGUUCCGGGUGGGGCAGAAGCAUUUGAACUUGCCGCAAAAUUCUGCUACGGAAUUAAUUUUGAGAUUACCACAGAAAACAUUGCCCUGCUUAGAUGUGCGGCAGAGUAUCUUGAGAUGACCGAGGACUAUGCAGUUGGAAAUUUGGUUGGAAGAGCUGAAGCUUACUUGAAUGAAGUAGCACUCAAGAGCCUUGCCGGAGCAGUUACCAUUUUACAUAUGUCAGAGAGCUUACUUCCAAUUGCAGAGAAAGUAAAAUUGGUGGGCCGUUGCAUAGAUGCAAUAGCAUACAUAGCCUGCAAAGAUAACCAGUUUUCUGUGUCUGGUAGGGCUGAGAGUGGUACUGAGGGUACAAUUUCUACCAUGGCGUCUCAUCCGAAGCCCAUUGUUGAUUGGUGGGCUGAAGAUUUGAUUGUAUUUAGGAUCGAUAUCUUCCAACGGGUUUUGAUAGCAAUGAUGGCAAGGGGAUUUAAACAAUAUGCUCUAGGUCCUGUACUGAUGCUGUAUGCACAGAAAUCUCUUCGAGGUUUGGAACUAUUUGGAAAAGGGAGGAAGAAGAUUGAGCCUCAACACGAACAUGAAAAGAGGGUUAUCUUAGAAACAAUAGUGAGUCUUCUGCCAAGGGAAAAGAAUGCAUUGUCGGUUAGCUUUCUAUCGAUGCUGCUUCGAUCUGCAAUAUAUCUUGAAACUACAGUUGCUUGCCGGCUUGAUUUGGAGAAGAGAAUGGCCUUGCAAUUAGGACAGGCUGUACUGGAUGAUCUCUUGAUUCCUGCAUAUUCUUUUACCGGGGAUACAUUGUUUGAUAUGGACACAGUGCAGCGAAUCAUGCUGAAUUACCUUGAAUGUGAAGUGGAAGGACACCGUUUGAGAUACAAUGCAGAUGAUGAUUAUGUUUCUCCCACAAUAAGUGAUAUGGAACGCGUCGGGAAGCUAAUGGAGAACUACCUUGCUGAAAUAGCCUCUGAUCGUAACUUAUCUGUUGCAAAAUUCAUUAGUCUUGCUGAACUUAUUCCAGAGCAAUCAAGGGUAACAGAAGAUGGGAUGUAUAGAGCCAUAGACAUCUACCUCAAGGCUCAUCCUACUCUAAGUGACCUCGAGAGGAAGAAAGUUUGUAGCUUGAUGGACUGUCAGAAGCUUUCUCGAGAGGCCUGUGCUCAUGCUGCACAAAAUGAUCGGCUCCCUGUUCAAACUGUGGUUCAAGUGCUUUACUAUGAGCAACAACGCCUUAGGGAUGUCAUGAGUGGAGAUUCUCCUGCUAUUCCUUCCAAAGUAAGUUUAUACUCCACUGAUAUCCGCCCACUACCAGAUGAACUCUCUAGCUUACGAAGAGAGAAUGAGGACCUGAAAAUUGAGUUAGUCAAGAUGAAAAUGAGAAUGAAAGAAAUUGAGAAGUCAACAUCCAAUUCAGCAGCCGCCAGUCCGUUAUCAAACCCUCGAGUAUCUUUUGAUAAACCUCCUUUGCCUAGAAAAUCAUUCAUGAAUUCUGUGUCGAAAAAACUUGGACGCCUUUAUCCUUUUGUGCGUGCUGAUGGAGUCUCACCCUCAAACCCCAAAAGCAAAAUGAAACCACCCAAAGACCGGCGGCAUUCCAUAUCUUGAUGACACAUUGGCUUAUAUUGAACACUUAUUAGGUCUCCAUGGACAGUGUGGUAUCCUUGUUGAUUUGUUUUAAGGCUUGAGAAGACAAGUAGCUAUUGUCUGUUCUGUUUUCCCUCUCUGUAUUUGAUGGUCUUGUGUGAUAUCACUGUAAAUAACAUUUGUUUUCAUGUGGCACUAAGAUUUAUUAUACAAAAGGCGGGUGAUAUAUUAGAAAUUAAUGGUUUUGUGUGAUGCA